AAAGUUAACUUCUUUCAUCAUUCCUUUCUCUUCCUUUCAACUCAUUUCUUUCAUAGCCAUGUCCGAAUCUUCUCCUUGUUCUUCGUCACCACCUUCCUCACCAGGAAGUUCAGCUUUAGCCAGCCCCAGCAUUCAAAUGGUUUCAAAAUCGGUAUCUGAACGACUCCUUGGCAAAUUCUUCGAUGCAUCACAAUACGAUUUCGAUUACGAGCAGAGCUGUUUGUGGUCUCCUCCGGUAAGGAGAAGUGUGUACUUGACAUCCCCUGGUAAUAUAGUUAUUUGCUCUCAAGAUGAACUCAUCUUCUCCCAACUCAAACACGCAAAGAAAGCUUGCAAAUGGAGAUUUCGCAGUAUCGCUUGCUUCAGUGCCCUUUGGUGCUGCUCUUGAAGAAAGAAAACAUAUUUCUCUACCAUUAUAAACCCUAAAACAUCACAAAGAUCCCAUUACUGUCUCAGUCAAAAAAGGGCAUAAGCACGUGACUGCUUGCAUGUAAAACUACGUUUCAUAGUUAUCUUUUGUGUACCAUCCCUCUUUCUACUAUAAUAUACUCUGUUAAUUUAUAUAACUUUAUUUUGAUUUAUCAUUUUCAGCAAUUCCCAUGUUUCUUUCUUGAGAUUCUAAAAGAAUGUUUUGUUAAUUGUAGAGAAGAAUCUUGAAAUGGUAACAACGACCCAUCAGUGGUAGACAGUAUAUAUUCUGUAAUCUGCAGAUAUUGUAAGCAAAGGAAGUUUUUUCCUGAUAUUCUUUUGCUUUUGAAAUUUAAUGAGCAAAUUUACUGCAAACAAAA